UAUACAUUCGACAGUCAAUAGCAAACUGGGAGUUGAAAGAUGGAAGUCUCUUCCAGUUUGUAUCUUGCAGUACUUUAUGGGACUUUUUUAAGUCUACUACUUGGUUAUGGAAGUUUAGGGUGCUUGGAAGAAGAAAAAGUUGGUCUUUUGCAACUUAAAGCUUCCAUCAAUCACCCAAAUGGCACAGCCCUUUCUUCUUGGGGAGGGGAGGUUGGUGAUUGCUGCAGAUGGGAGAAUGUCACAUGUGAUAACAAAACAAACCGAGUCAACCAACUUUCUCUUAGUUAUAUCAGACUUGACGGAGGGUUGGGAAACUGGUCCUUGAAUGCCUCCCUACUUCUUCCCUUCCAGCAACUUCAAAUAUUAGAUCUGAGUGACAACCAUUUGACAGGCAUUCAAGGCAUACUAAGAUUGAAAAAAUUACGAGUUCUGAAUCUUGAUUUGAAUUGGUUGACAACAAUUCCAAUUUUAAGUGCCCUACCUUCACUCAAGGUUCUGGAUCUUAGCUACAAUCUUAUAAAUUCUUCCCAAUUGCAAGGACUAAAAUAUUUGAGCAGGCUGGAGGUGUUGAAUCUAAAGUCGAAUAGUUUAAUGGGUGGUAUUCCAACAAUUAUUGGCACUUUGAGAUAUCUUAAAUCCUUAUCUCUUGGCUUCAAUCAUUUAAAUGGUUCUUUAUCCAUGGAAGGUGAGUGGCUAGGAUUUUGAAUUUUUUAUGGAUUCCACACAUAGAUUUGUUAACUAGUUCCCAUGUGAGUGUUAUUCUAAGUUGCAAAUAUAUUUAUUCCAAUUGCAAAACAAGCUUUAUUAGAGUUAGCAAAUAAAAAUGAAACAACUUAAUUUUCUUCACUUACAUUUGACAUUGCACUUUUUAUGAUUCAUAUUAUUUUGAUUUAAAAUUAUAAUUUUAAGCAUUUAAUUUUUACCUUGUACUUCCUUUAUGAUUCAUCAACUUUUGAUCUAAAUUGAACUUUUAACCACACACAUCAAGUAACACCUAUAUACAAAAAUAGGACUUAUUCAUAAUUCUAAAUUUGACUGAUAAUUUUAAUUUUGAUGACACAUGCACAUGUACCAACAUCAUGUUGAGUAUCACAAACAACUAUGGUUUAUGGAAAUUCUAAGUUUGAUUGAUUGGCGAUUUUGAGUUUGAUACAAAGAACUCAAGAACACAAAUACGACCUAUUAGUAGUUUUACGCUGAAUAUUUAGAAUCUAUUUAGUAGUAAUUCUAGGAAGCAUUUCUAAC